UUCGUUUGUAUCGCAAAGCAGCCAGUGUCAAGAAAUGGCUGGUGUUGGCUUUCAGCGGUGGGUCCGGACCCUUUCAAAAGGGAAAAUAUCUGGUAUUUCAGGGCUGCUGCCGGCAUGUAGAUCAGCCUCUGGAGUUUCGAAGGAUAUGCUACCUGGAGCAUUCCCAAGUCCCGAGGAGAUUGCCGCUGCAGCUAAGAAAUACAACAUUAGGGUUGAGGACUAUAAACCAAUAGCUGACAAUGGCGAGGGAUACGGCGACUAUCCUCAGUUGCCAGAUAGAUCUCAGCAAGAUAGAGACCCAGCGUAUCAAUGGGACCAUCCUGACCUGAGGAGGAACUGGAACGAGCCUAUGCACUGGGACUUUGACAUGUUCAUCAGGAACCGCGUUGACACCUCUCCCACUGUGGUUCCCUGGUCAACAAUGUGCAAACAGCUCUUCGGGUUUGUUGGAUUCAUGCUGUUCAUGUUCUACCUUGGGGACAAAUUCCCAGCUUACCAACCAGUCGGACCCAAACAAUUCCCCUACAACAACCUGCACCUAGAGAGGGGUGGCAGCCCUGAUGUGGAACCAGAAGAAGUCAAGAAUUAUGAAAUAUAAUAAUGAAGACCUUCGUGUGUAUAUGUACAAUUUCUUCCAUUAAAAAUCUUAAACAUUGUA